AUGGAGCCGAACUCACUGAAGUGGGUGGGCUCGUCUUGCGGUUUACACGGACCAUAUAUAUUCUACAAAGCCUUUAAAUUUCACCGGGACGGUAAACCCAGGAUUCUGUCCCUUGGAGACUUUUUCUUCGUGAGAUGUAAACCGGAGGAUCCUAUUUGCAUAGCGGAGGUUCAGCUGCUCUGGGAAGAAAGGACGAGCAAGCAACUUUUAUCGAGCUCCAAACUUUAUUUCCUACCCGAGAAUACCCCCCAGGGACGGACUGCUAAUCACGGAGAGCAUGAGGUAAUCGCGGUAUCUGAGAAGGUGAUCGUGCGGUUGGAGGACCUGGUGAAGUGGACAGUACCGGACUUCUCAGGAUGGGCACACGGGCUUCAGGCAGAACCUCUCAAACCCUCCGUGCUGCGGGAGCUGGGCACCAAUGGGCGGCGAGAGGCCCUCCACCGGUACAGAGAGAGCACCCUGACCAGUGGGCUCAACUUCAGGGACAUCCAAAGGGAGAGGGCACAACUAGGCCAAGAGGAGGAUGGCCGCAGGGUUUUGGUACUGAGUUACCCGCAGUAUUGCCGCUACCGCUCGAUCCAGGCCCGGCUCAAGGAGCAGCCGUCCUCCCUGCUCACGGACCACACGGUGCUGGCACUUGGUGGCAUCGCCACAUUGGGAGGCAACACGAGGAUCCUAUACUGCCGGGAAACCUUCGAGCACCCGGCCCUGCUUCAGAACGAGAGCGUCUGCGAUGAAUUCGCUCCCAACCUGAAAGGACGGCCGCGGAAGAAAAAGCUGUCAGUUUCCCAGAGGAGGGACUCUCAGAGUCAGAUUCUCAGUCAAGGUCAAGGGUCAUCAGGGUCAACACAGGGGUCAACAGCAGUGGCAGCUCAGGAUUCUUGCAGCCCAGAGAGCAAAACUCCCACCAAGGUCAAACCCCACUGCAAGGUGGCGCUACCCAACGGUAAAAUAACUGCAGUGUCCAAGCCCAAGAGCGGUGGCCUCGGUAAGAAGAGCUCAGCCGAGGAGAAAGAACGAGAGAAGGAAAAGGAAGAGAAGAAGGAGAGGAAGGAAGAGGGAACAUCGGAGGAGAGCAAGGCGGAGGAGCAGGCUUUCUUGGUAGCGCUCUACAAGUACAUGAAAGAUAGAGACACGCCCAUAGAGAGGAUUCCCUUUCUUGGCUUCAAACAAAUCAAUCUUUGGACGAUGUUUCAAGCUGCCCAGAAACUAGGAGGAUAUGAGUUGAUCACAGUUCGCAGACAGUGGAAACAUGUAUAUGAUGAACUGGGAGGAAACCCCAGCAGCACAAGCGCAGCCACGUGCACACGCAGACACUAUGAGAGGCUUCUUCUCCCCUAUGAGAGACACAUCAAGGGAGAAAAAGACAAGCCCCUACCCUCGGUCAAGCCCAGGAAGCAGGAGGGCAGCCAGCUGAAGACGGUGGCGGUCAAAGCCAAAGGGGCGGGGGCCAAGAAGUCAAAAGGUCCCAGCAACCCCAAGCAAGGGAGCAAAAAGGACGACGAGGAGAUGAGAAAAGGCCAAGAGCACUCGCAGCAUUCUGAGGAGAAAGAAGACAACGGUGAGCUCUCCCCAGCCGUAAAGCGAGAGGCCUCUUCGGGUGAUGAACCGAUUGUAAUCGAGGAGGAGGAGUUACAUGUUACCCUCAAGAAAGAGGAGUCCGUGGCAGAGGAGCAGCCAUCUUCCUUGUCCCUUAAGGAGCCAGACUGCAAAGCCCCACAUGUUGCUCCGUCACUCUGCAGAGGAGCUAGCCCCCAGCCCGAAUGGAGACAAAUCAGGGAGGCCUUCCACGAGAAACUGGUGCCAGAACAGCAAACCAAGGGGCCUUUUGUCCCCAAAAACACCUACCUGCCUCACCACUGGGACCAGAACAAAUCUGCUGGACAUGUCGCCCUGCCUGAGCCUGCCUCCCGAGCCAAAGACUCCAUAGAAAGUCACGGUGGAAGAGUGGGCAAGGUGUUACCUAUGUGCAAGCAGGCGGAGAGACCAUCUGUGGACCCUGUCUCAGAUUCAUUCCCAGAGAAACAAGACUAUGGGGUUGUUAGGAAGGAGUAUACUCAGGGCCCCACACAGACAACUGCUUACUGCAAAGCCAGCCAGGGGGUCAUGUCUCCUUUGGCCAAGAAGAAGCUACUCUCUCAAGUGUGUGAGACCAAUCCUUUCUCCUUUACUUCUCCUGCUCCUCCUCUUCCUCCUCCUCCUCCUCCUCAUCACAAUCAUGAACCCACUCCCCUACCAAACGCCACUCUCCCGCCUCUCCCUGCUAUGUCUGUGGGUGACAGGGAGAAGAGAGAGAGGAGGAAUAGUGAGGAGGAGGUGGGAAGCCAGAGGCAGAGGUGUCUGAUGGAGAGCAGCCCAGAAGUUGCGCCGGUCUUCAGGCCGUCGGUCAUCCAGCACGCCCAGAGCGCCAAGCCGCCUCCCCAUACCGCCAGCGGCCUAUCGGAGAGGAGCCCUCUAGGGGAGCUCUCGGAGACAUACGCCUGCCGGACAAGCCACCACCUCCAGUCUAAGGUCAGUCCUCCGUGGCAGCCGUACCUCCCCCGAAACCAAGCCCAGGAGGGAGUAGAGAACGGCGGGGAGAAACUCCUGCCGGGCCCUCCCACCCAACCACAGAGUUAUGCCGGUGACUGCUACUCCUCCCCACACCUCCACAGUCUCUACAGGCAGACGGAGAACUGCCUGAGCCAGGAGAGGAUGGCCGGCUUUGUGAAUGGAGAGAAGAGAGGGCACUACAUCAGGGACGGUGAGGGUGGUGAGGGCUUCGUUUGUGGCAGCCUGGAAAGAGAGGGUUUGGCCUACAGGUCUCACUACAGCGACAGGACUCAGACGCACGGAGACGGUAGACAGUCAGAGAUCGAGCCCAGAGACUUUACCAUGUCCAAACCUCACUCUCAGCGGGUGUCCUCCUUUUCUAAGCCCUCCUUCUGCAACCUCCAAUACCCCAUCAUGCACCAGGGUUUGGAUUCCCACCCCAAAGCAUGCCGGGUCCCUCCCAUGACCAUCUCUCCUCCCAAACAGAGCCCUACAGAUUCCUCCCAGCCAUUCCCCAGCCCCCCCAAGACCUCUUCUGAUUCGUCCCUCACCAGCCCUGUUCGACCCAGUAAGCGAAGCCUCGGGGAGCCUGAAACAGAGGGCGUCCCAGAGCGAAAGGUCCGCGUGGUGACACCCAUGCACCCCAAUGGGUCGGUCCGACGUGGGGACCCGGAGGAGCUGAAACCAGCUGAGCCAGCCCACGCCGUUCACCUCAAUAACCACCUCCCCGAGGGCCACCCCCCAACGGCCUACCCGCACCCCCACACCGCACCCCUCUACCCAGGCAUGUACCCUCCUGGCAGCCUGGUCUCAGCAAGGCCCCAGGACGGGCUCCAACAGCAUCCGGGUCUGCAGUACCUGAAGAGCCAGACUGCUGUGUCCCCUCUUGUGCCGCCGCUUGCCUUCCACCCCAUGAUGCUACACCGGCAGCUGAUGGCCACGGGCCCCAGCACACACCACUUCUACAGACACCCGGGUGGGGCAGCGCUGUAUGGGGACCUGCUCCACCACCUGUACCCCCUGUCCACUCUCCCACCCCCCCAGCUGUCCUCAGUACACCCCAGCACCAGACUGUAAAGGAGAGACGGGAGAUAUCUUUUCUUUUUUUCUUUCAUUCCUUUCUUUGCCAUUCUAAACCCCACCCAUCCCCAUCCCAGAAAGUAUCUCUCUCUCUCUCUCUCUCUCUUUGCCUUUCUCUCUCUCUCUCUUUAUUGAAUGGUGGCUUCUCCAGAAUGAUUACACCAACGGUGAAACAUCGGCAAAUUACGGACUGAUGAACUUAUUAGUCAGGCGGACUAAAAAAAAAAAAAAAUUCCAUUCUAUCAUUUUUUUUAAAUUUGUUCAUUUGUUUAUAUACUUUGCACUGUUUGUUUUUAUCACCACUCACUGUAUUUUUUUUUAUUUUUUUUGUGGUUAUAUUCUUAUUUGCACAAUGCUGAUGUGUAUGUGCUCACAAAUCAAGUUUGCCGCUCUCAGUCACCACGUGUCAGGGUUGUUGCUCGGAGCAGCUGAGAAGUGUGGGAGCAACAGAAAAAAAAAAGCCAUUUGUUUACUGUGUCUGAGGGCUAAACUUUGUUGCUGGGAAAACACUAAAGGUAACACAACGACUUCAAUGAAUUCUCUCAAAACAAGAGGGGUGCGUUCACCAUCGCCAACAGAGUCCCAACAGCUGUUUAGCGUAAUCUUACACUUCAGUCGGCGGGUGGUGGUCGUAUCUGUUUACAUGUCUCCACGCUGAAAGCUGUUGCCCUUUUUUUUUUUGGCUCCAGUAAAUCCUCCCAAAUUCCUUGGACCGGACCUUAACACACCGCGGUGCUGCAUACACAAACGUUAGCUUAAUCGUGACAUUCUGAGGUGCUGUAUUGAUGGAUGUACUGUAGACUCAGUCAGUUCAGGUUCCUGCUCAAGAUUCAACUCGGUCAGCGACGACGUAAGAUACGUGUUCGUUCUGUCGAAAAAUCAUGAAUGAAUGUUUUGGGUUUUUUUUUAUUAAACUUAUUGAAACGCUGUUCUAAUUUUGCUCUCUCGACUGAACGUAAAUCCAACCCCCCCCCCCCUUGUAAUUACUAGCCUGUAGCAGCGUGUUUUUGUCUAUCUGACUGUCAUAAUGGAAUGCUCUCAUAAGAAAUUAACUUUUUUUUUUACUCUCAACUUGAAAAGUCUUUCUUUUUGUGAAAAGAAAGACUCCAUUCAACAAGCUGAAAACACUCACUGUAUGAUUUGAUAGGAAUGUUGUCAGUUAGGUUUUUUUAUUGCUUUGCAAAUAUUUGUGCCUUUCACAGUCUUGGAUUAGAGUUAGCACUGCAAUUGUUGAGAUUUAUCCUCUGUAGCAUUGUAAAAAUAUUAAUAUUACUGUCACUCUUGUCUGUAAUGCAGCACACAGACUCAUGCACACGUUCUCUCUCUCUCUCACACACACACACACACACGCACACACACACACACGGGGGGGGGGUGUUAACACACAUUAACAAAAACCAUAUCGCACUUUCGGCCACUGGACACCAGGCGGGGGCUGAUAAAAAAUAUUUAAAGUCUUUUCGAAUCCUUAAACGACAUCGCCUAUAAACGCUUCGGGGGGGUCUGUAUUUGUGCUUAUGGAAUUAUUCCCUUUCGGCUCAAUCAGCCGAAUCAAUCAGUAAACACACGAAAAGAUUUUCAAAUACUUGACAUUGCCCAGGUCUGGUGUCUG